AUGGGCGGGAUUGAAGUCGGCUUGAUCUUCGCAGUGCGUGCAGGUCUACGCCACGGUAUCCACUGGCCUGCUACUCUGAUGGCAGCUCUAGCAGCAGCACUACUCGCUUUGGGUGUGCUCGAGCAGUACAUUGCGAUGUGGAAGAAUCGCAACGUGGAGGGCAUUUCAUUCCUGUUCUGCGCCAUAGAUGCACUGGGCGAUGUCACCUCCAUCAUAGCCGUGAUCUUCGAGCCGAACCUGAAGGUCGUUGGCUUGGUGGCGUACAGUGUCGAAACUGAGCACUCGAGGAUUUAUCGUGAUACAUUACCAAGAGAUCAGAUCACUCUCCAAGAUUUGCCAUCGUCGACGUCAGUCUUCCGCACGCCUUCCUCGCUGCGAGACAGAAGUCGGGUCGCCCCUUCCACGUCCGAGUGA